CUCAGAGCCAUCCCAGGAUUCCUGGGAUUUCUGAGUCACUCAGUUUGAUGCAAGAGAGGCAGGUCUCCUAGCUCCUUGUGAGGAGCAGACAAGCCUGGGGAAGACUGACAGUAAGGGAGUCUGGGUGACAAAGUAGGACCUUGGAACCCUGCUUCCAGCCUCUCUUCUGGCUUUCUGGUUACUGGGCCCACUUUCCAAGCUCCUCCUAGGAAGAGGGGUCUGAAUCUGCAAUCCUGUCAGAAUCCCUCCCUUUGGUCCACCACCUCUCUCUCCCUAGUAGGGGGAGCCUACUAGACAGACAUCAUGUUAUUGGGGAGGGCACGAGGGUCUCCUGGGUGGCAAGCUGAUUCUCUGAGCCCCUCACCCAGCCCCAACCUUGCUGGGUUUUGGCAGUGUUCCCCUUUUGGCUCUUACCACCUCUUGAAACACACCCCCUUUACCCCAAGGCCUUGCUGGACUCCUGCCCAACUGGGUAAAUGCUCAUGGGUUCUGGGCCCCUAGGUACCAUACCAGCAUGGUCCAUCACUUGGACAGCACUCCACAUUCUUCCUCAAGAUGUAGCAUGCACCCAGCUUCCUUGGCUUCCCUGGGACUGAAGGCCCAUUUGGAAGAUGGGAAGUUCCAGCUCUUUCUGAGGAGGCCUGGUCUCCUGACUCCCUUCAGGGGUGGGGUGCCGAAGGUAGCUUUGGGUUUCCACCCACUGGUAGCUCUAUUUGCAUCUUUCAGGGCAAGGCCUGGGCUGGUUGCCUGUGCUAGCCCCUCCUCCCAGCCACUGUAGGGACCACCUUGCUGAGUAUCCACCCUAGGCCUGAACCCUCAUGAGGUCCCUAGUUCUGCCAACUGGGACAUCUCUAUGGAUGGGAAGAAGGCCUUGAGGGCACAGUGUCACAAGCCCUGGGCUAGGUUGGUCUGUAGUGUGACCUGAGCCUGGCCUGACUCCUAGCUCAACCAAGCUGCCAGUGACUCAGAAGGGUGGGGGUGGGAAGAGACACGGGUAUAAGGAGAAGCCAAGACGCCAUCAUUGUCCUCACCCUGACAACAUGCGGCUUCUCGGCGGACUCCUGAUGGCCAUGGUUUUGAGCCUGGUGCUAGCUACAGCCCAGGGGAUGCAGUGCCACCGGUGCAAAGGCUUUGGAGGAUGUUCCCAUGUGUUCAGCUGUUCAGGAAGCGCCACACACUGCGUCACUAUUGCCACACGGACCCCUAUCAGCUUUACAGACCUGCCUCUGGUAACCAAGAUGUGCUACAGAGGCUGCCCUGAAGUCUCCAGCCUGGGCUUGGGUCCACACGUGUCUGUUGCCUGCUGCCAGUCCAGUCUCUGCAACCAUGACUGAGCAACUCCUCCACUUCCAGCCAGCCUGACAAUGCCUCUUCCUCAGCCAGGCCUGGCCCUGAAGUCCCUCACAGCCAGGCCAGCUCACAUGGCUCCAAACCCACACUUCUUUAUGAAGUCUUGCCCACAUCCACCUCAGUAUAAGCUGGAAGCCCUCCCUGCAAGAUACCUUCCCAUUCCUGACAACUGCCCCAAUAAAAUGUGACCAACUCAUAUGGCAUGAGCUGUCCAGUGAGAGGAAAGGUCACACUAGGCAUGGGCCACAGGACAGCCAGUUCAGGCAACACCUUACCCUUACCACCUCUUUCCAGUUAUGGCCUCAUCACCCCAAUCACUCCCAAACUUCCUCCCAACCCACCUUCACCCACUGCCAGCCCUUCCAGCCCCCAGCC